UGGGGAAUGUAAGUUUGAGGGGGAAAGACCCUUCCAUCAGAAGCCUCUCUCCUGCUUUCCCAAAUAGUGGACUUCAAAGUAGAGACUUUUAUUUGGGGACAGAAAGAAAAUGCAUGAGGGUAGUCACUAACUUUUGAGAAGGGGAUACAUGCCCUAGGCCAGAGUCUUCUGCUUCAGGCUGUAGUGGGCACUUGGCUAUCUGCCCCGUGUGAGGGGAGGAGGAUGGAAUGAGAGGCGGGGCUGGCUGGGGUACAGGAUGGCUUGGAGAUAAAUGCCCAGCCUGAGAGGGGUGAGCUGACACUGUCCCAGCUGCUACCUAGGCACUCUACUCAAAGUUCCAAAGAAGACAUUACAGGUUUGGAAAAACGUCAGUUACGCGGUGUGCAGCCAUGGCCAUGCAAAAAAUCUUUGCCCGAGAAAUCCUGGACUCCAGGGGCAACCCCACAGUGGAGGUGGACCUGCACACAGCCAAGGGUCGAUUCCGAGCGGCUGUGCCAAGCGGAGCUUCCACGGGUAUCUAUGAAGCACUGGAGCUACGAGAUGGAGACAAAUCACGAUACCUGGGGAAAGGAGUGCUGAAGGCUGUGGAGCACAUCAACAAGACUCUCGGCCCUGCUCUGCUGGAAAAGAAACUAAGUGUUGUGGAUCAAGAAAAAGUUGACAAAUUUAUGAUUGAGCUGGACGGAACCGAGAAUAAGUCCAAGUUUGGGGCCAAUGCCAUCCUGGGUGUGUCCCUGGCUGUUUGUAAGGCUGGAGCAGCUGAGAAAGGGGUCCCUCUCUACCGACACAUUGCAGACCUCGCAGGGAAUCCCGACCUUGUACUUCCCGUGCCUGCCUUCAAUGUGAUCAACGGGGGCUCUCAUGCUGGAAACAAGUUGGCCAUGCAGGAGUUCAUGAUUCUGCCAGUGGGAGCCAGCUCUUUCAAGGAAGCCAUGCGCAUUGGCGCUGAGGUCUACCACCACCUCAAGGGGGUCAUCAAAGCCAAGUAUGGGAAGGAUGCCACCAAUGUGGGGGACGAGGGUGGCUUUGCACCCAACAUCCUGGAGAACAAUGAGGCCCUGGAACUACUAAAGACAGCCAUUCAGGCAGCUGGUUACCCAGACAAGGUGGUGAUUGGCAUGGAUGUGGCAGCAUCUGAAUUCUAUCGCAAUGGGAAGUAUGAUCUGGACUUCAAGUCACCUGAUGAUCCUGCGAGGCACAUCAGUGGGGAGAAGCUCGGGGAGCUGUACAAGUCCUUCAUCAAGAACUAUCCCGUGGUCUCCAUUGAAGACCCCUUUGACCAGGAUGACUGGGCAACAUGGACCUCAUUCCUCUCUGGGGUGGACAUCCAGAUUGUGGGAGAUGACCUGACAGUCACCAACCCCAAGAGGAUUGCUCAGGCUGUUGAGAAGAAGGCCUGCAAUUGCCUGCUGCUGAAGGUCAACCAGAUCGGCUCUGUGACAGAAUCCAUCCAGGCCUGUAAACUGGCACAGUCUAAUGGCUGGGGAGUGAUGGUGAGCCACCGCUCUGGGGAGACCGAAGACACUUUCAUUGCUGAUCUUGUGGUGGGACUCUGCACAGGACAGAUCAAGACUGGUGCUCCCUGCCGUUCAGAGCGUCUGGCAAAAUACAACCAGCUUAUGAGGAUUGAGGAGGCUCUCGGAGACAAAGCUGUCUUUGCUGGACGAAAGUUCCGUAAUCCAAAGGCCAAAUGAGAAGCUGGAGAUUCCAGGAUUCCACAGGACAGACACAGGCCUUCAAGCCCUUCUCCCAGAAAUAAACACUGCCAAACAAGACCAUGGUGUGCUCCUUGGUGGAAGGAAGGAGGGAACAGAAGAGCUCGCCAGGAAGGACAGAGAGGGGCUAGGGCUGUGGAGUGGAAGGGGCGGGGGGAUGGGUAAACAGGUAGCAAGGAAGAAGGCAGGGAAUAUCAUGUGACCUGCUCUGACAAGGAAGUGAGGGAUUUGAAAACUCAGUGGAUGUAGAACAGAGGAUUUUGAAUUUUGAAAUGAAGCUAGGGACAGCACAACUGUUUGUGAAAAGGAGCUGGAGGGGAGUCAGUGGAAGGUAGAAGCGGCCCCGGGGUAGGCAGCUUGGGAUAGAGAGGGACUGAGGGUCCUGUGCUUCCAGUCUUGGAGGGAUCUGGAUCAGGCUGCAGCCAGACUGAGUGCAUCUCGAGGAUUAAAGGAUAAUGAGGUCAUUUACCACUUCAGUGGAGCUUGUGAGGAUCUGAAGUGUGCAAAAUACUUGACAUUAUUAACCCACAUGAGCUUUGAAACAGCUGUAUCAGACAUUUACCUUUUUUAUCCCCCCUUUUAUGCACCAGGAAACCAAGGCAUAAUGAGUUGAACAUAGCUUAUUCAACACAGCAGAGUUAGCACUGCUAAAGCCAGGACACAAAGCCUGGCUUUAGCCUUACAAAUAACGUGUUUUAGCUGGGUAUGGUGGCUUACAUCUGUAAGCUUAGGCCUUGGGAGACAGGGAGGGGAUAGUAAGUCUCAAGACAGCUUGGGCUUAAGCUUAGGGGGCAUCAGUGGCUAGGGGCAUUUGUUGGCUCUUACAAGCACCAGGCUUCAGUUCCCAGCACCUAGCAGCCCACAACUAUUAGUAACUGCAGUUCUAGGGACUCCAUUGCCCUCUUCUGAGCACCACCAGUAGCAGGCAUGCACAUGGUGCAAAUCCUUACAUUCAGGUAAAACAUUCAUACACACAAAUCUAACAGAAGUAUCAUGCUGGCGUAGUGAUGAGUGCCCAGUAGUCAUAAGGACCUGAGUUCAAUCUCUAGCAUCACAAAAAUUAAACAGUGUGAAAGCGGCCCAGGAGCAGUGCUCAUUAUCGGCCAUCAUUAGCUCACACAGACAGCAGCUUUACACUGGUCAAUCUAACUCGUUUCUCUGCCAGUGGAAGUAACAUCCACCAUUUAUUCAUUCAUCCUUCCUUCCUUCUUUCCUUCUUUCCCCUCUCCUCCCCUCCUUCCUUCCUUUCUACAAGGUUUCUCUAUGUAGCUCUGGCUGUCCUGGAACUUUCUCUGUAGAUCAGGCUGGCCUCAUCUGCCUGCUUUACUUCCCAAGUGCUAGGAUUAAAGGCAUGCGCCACCACUAGUUUAGUAUCCACAUUUCUAUUUACAAGUCAGAACAUUGGGUCAAACUGUUUAUUCAAUGUAAAGUAACCCAGGCCCAUGGGGAAGAAAGUUCCAAGGGUAAUAGAGAAUAAUACAGAUUAAAUACCCACUCACACAUUUACACACUCACACAUUUACACACAUGCAUUCUCUCUCUCUCUCUCUCUCUCUCUCUCUCUCUCUCUCUCUCUCUCUCUCUCUCACACACACACACACACACACACACACACAAAC